AUGACUCAAACCGGGAACGCCGCUCCGGGUAUCUACGAAAGUCCACACCCUCCUAUUUCCACUUUCUUACCAUCUCAACAAUCCUCCUACCAGCUCUCCAACUACUUACCUCUUCACUCACACACUCCACCAUCCAAUCUCAACUCGACCCUACCACCAUGUCAUCUCGGAUAUUUUAACCUAAAAUGGACUAUGCGAUACCCCAGAAUCAGCGGAAAAAUCCAGUCUCGAUUUAUGCUCAAAUUAUUGACCAACUUUAGAGGACCAAAAUUUAACAGAACUAAUAUAUUGAAAAUGUCAAGCGUACCAUAUAAACAACCUGAACACAAAUUGACCAUGAUUCCAGGUCCAAUUGAAUUUUCUGAUGAAGUUUUAUAUGCUAUGGCAACUCCAAGUCAAGCUCAUACCUCACCCGAAUUCAUCAAAACCUUCCAAUCAGCUUUAGUCAAUUUAAGAAAAUUAUUUAAAUCAACUGAUGCUAAAGCUCAACCUUUUGUGUUAUCAGGAUCAGGAACUUUAGGUUGGGAUAUCUUUGCCACUAAUUUUGUCAAUGCUGGUGAUAAAGUUUUAGUUUUAUCAACAGGAUUCUUUUCUGAUUCAUUUGCUGAAUGUAUGAAAGUUUAUGAUCUUGAUGUUGAUGUUGAAACUGCUGAUAUUGGAGAUGUUGUUUCAUUAUCAAAGAUUGAAGAAAAAUUGAAAUCUGGUAGUUAUAAAGCUAUUACUAUUACUCACGUUGAUACUUCAACAUCUGUUGUUAGUGAUGUUAAAGCUAUUAGUGAAUUAGUUAAGAAAGUAUCACCAGAAACUUUAAUUAUUGUUGAUGGAGUUUGUUCUAUUGGUGUUGAAGAUUUAGAAUUCGAUAAAUGGGGGGUUGAUUAUGCUUUAACUGCUUCUCAAAAAGCUAUUGGAGUCCCUGCUGGAUUAUCGAUCUCAUUUGCCAGUGCCAGAGCUAUGGAUAUUGCUUUAAAUAGAUCUAAAGAUACUUCAUUCUUUGCUUCAGUUAAAAGAUGGACCCCAAUCAUGAAAGCUUAUGAAUCAGGUUCAGGUGCUUAUUUUGCUACUCCUGCUGUUCAAACCGUUACCGCAUUGAAAGUUGCUUUAGACCAAAUUUUAUCUGAACCUUUGGAUCAAAGAUUUGCUAAACAUGCUGAAUCAAGUGAUAAAUUCAAAGGGGACUUAGAAAAGAUUGGUUUGAAAAUUUUACCUGUUAAUAAACAAGUUGCUGCUCAUGGUUUAACUGCUGUUUAUUUCCCAGAAUCUAUUAAUGGUCCUGAUUUGUUAGGUAAAUUAGCUACCAAAGGAUUCACUGUUGCUGGAGGUAUUCAUAAAGCUUUACCAGGUAAAUAUUUCAGAGUUGGUCAUAUGUCUCAUUCAGUAUAUGAAGGUCAUUUAGAUCUUUUAUUCCCAGCUAUUAAAGAAUCAUUAUUAGAAUUAGGAUAUAGUUCUUGA